UCUUGGAGUGGGGCCCGUGGUGUCGGGACGUCGCGUGCCUGCUGCUGAGACGAUGACUACCAAUGGGACAGAGGCUAACCCCCAGAUGACCAGGGAAGAACAGAUACAGCAGCCAAGUGUGCUAGACCGUGUGGCUGGCAUGCCCCUUGUCAGCUCCACCUGUGAAGUGGUGUCCGCGGCCUACACCUCCGCCAAGGAGAACUACCCUCACAUCAGGACUGUGUGUGAUGUGGCAGAAAAAGGCAUCAAGACCCUCACGGAGGCCGCAGUCAGCGGGGCCCAGCCCAUCCUGUCCAAGCUGGAGCCCCAGAUCACCUCAGCCAGCCAAUAUGUCCACCAGGGGCUGGACAAGCUAGAGGAGACUGUGCCCAUCCUGCAGCAGCCCACAAGCAAGGUCCUGGCAGACACCAAGGAGCUUGUAUCAUCCAAAGUGUCAGGGGCCCGAGACAUGGUCUCCAACACUGUGUCAAGUGCCAAGGACACCAUGGCCACCCACGUGACAGGGGCCGUAGAUGUGACCCGUGACGCUGUGCAGAGUGGUGUGGACAUGACCAAGUUGGUGGUGAGCAGUGGUGUGCACUCGGUCAUGGACUCCCGCGUGGGCCAGAUGGUGCUGAGCAGCGUGGACUCGGUGUUGGGCAAGUCAGAAGCGUGGGCAGACAACAACCUGCCCAUGACGGACGCCGAGCUGGCACGCAUCGCCACAUCCCUGGAGGGCGUGGACAUGGCGUCAGUGCAGCAGCAGCGGCAGCAGCAGAGCUACUUCGUGCGGCUGGGCUCGCUGUCGGAGCGGCUGCGACAGCACGCCUUUGAGCACUCACUGGCCAAGCUGCGGGGUGCCCGGCAGAGUGCCCAAGAGGCCCUGCAGCAGCUGGCACAGGGGCUCAGCCUGGUGGAAACCAUGAAGCAGGGCAUGGACCAGAAGCUGGGAGAGGGGCAAGAGAAGUUGCACCAGAUGUGGCUCAGCUGGAACCAGAACGCCCAGGGCGCAGAGAAGGACCCAGCCAACUCAGAGCAGGUGGAGUCCCAGGCGCUCGUCAUGUUCCGUGGCAUCACACAGCAGCUGCAGACCACAUGCGCCUCUCUGAGGUCCAGCAUCCAGGGGUUGCCCGGCCAUGUGAAGGACCAGGUGCAGCAGGCUCACCGCCAGGUGGAGGACCUCCAGGCCACCUUUUCGGCCACACAAUCCUUCCAGGAUCUGUCCAGCAGUGUCCUGGCCCAGAGUCGAGAGCAGGUGGCCAAGGCCUGGGAGGCCCUGGACCACAUGGUGGAAUAUGUGGCACAAAAUACGCCCGUCAUGUGGCUGGUGGGGCCCUUCUCACCCGGGAUCACCGAGAAAACUCCGGAAGAGAAGAAGUAGGGCCCAGGGUACCGGGCUUAGAUGUCUGGUCCAAGAAGUCGGCCUCCUGGGAUGGAAUGGACAGCCAAGCUCCUGACACUCGUUCCAGAUCAGAUAGGGGUGAAACUUGUGCGGGUAGCAGGGCCUUCAGGAUGGCCUUAAUAAAUUUUACCUGCAGCUAAGUGCAGGCUG